AGCGCAGCAGUGUCGGACAAGUGAACAAACCAACAGAUGCCAAAUUGUUCGCAGGGCCCCACCACGUGGCCCUCAUGGCUACUCAUACAGUAUCGACAGCUCUGCACAGUUCUCUCUCCAUGACAUCCAGGAACCUCUCCGCCUCCUCUCUCUCAAUCAGGGGCGCGCUCGUCUGGAGGCACACGCACAGCCGGCCGCCCACCGUCACGCACGACAGCUGAAACAAACAGCCGUUCUGGCUGUUGGUCACGCCGUAAUACACGCCAUCCAGACUGAUGGGGCCGUACUGCGUCUUGCCCGGCCACACUCCCGCGUUGGACAGACCACAUGUGUAGGCACGACCUGCACACAGACACAGACAAAUGCAGCCGGCAAUCUCUGUGAGUGCCGGUCGCCCGCUGGCUGACCGUGAGUCUGUUCCGAUGCAGCAGCAUUCUCGACGAUGGCCUCAAUGUUCACCAGCCGCAUGCCCACGUCGAACAGCAGCGGCCCCUCACGCCCACUCACGUCGAUGACCGACCGGAACUCCUCCCGGCAGCCCUUGGCAAACCGCCAGAAGGCCUCAGGUGUUGCGAGGGAGGAUGGAACUCGCAAGUUGAAUUCCACAGAGCCGCUGACAGAUGAGAGUGUGCAGGGGCGGGGCAGCGGCGAAUUCACGGCAAACCGACGCAGAUCGGUAGACAGAAGGAACCGAACCAGAGGACUGCUCCUUCCUGAGACGUCUUGACACGCCAUAAGGGCGGCUGCGAUGAGGGCUGCCGUCUCCGUGGUGCCCUCCUGCCGGCUCCUGUGCCGCAACUUCUCCAUCAGCGGUCGGCCGAGUGUCCUCAAACACAGCUGAGUGCGCCGCUGUGACGGCGUCAAUCCCUCGCCUCUCCGUCGGUCCAGCACCAGCAUGACCGGACACACAAUGGUGGCGAAAGCCCUCACGAGGUGCUUGACGGUCUGCCACGAGCACGCCCGCUUCACAUAGCCGACAAAUGGCUCCUCAAUGCUGGUGUUGCCGAAGAGCAUGGCCUCCAUGCUCGGGGGGAAGGAGACGGGGACGGAGGCAGCACUGUCGGUGUUCUUGUCAGACGACUGGUGUGGCUGCAGGUGGGUUAGGAAGUCCUGCAGGACGACUUGGGCUGAGAUCUGGUCGGCUAUGGCGUGGUUGAAGAGCCACACCAGUGCCGACCGGCCGGCAGAUGGGCUGUGGAUGACAUGCAGCCGCCACAAAGGGGCAUCAUGGGCAAACGUCACACCUGCAUACAUGUAGAAAGGCCAUGUCCGCUGUGGCGGUUGCAGAUUUUCUCUGCUCUUAUCUCACCGUCAAUCAUGCCUUCAACAAGCGUCCGCCACUCCUUUCUCAGGUCCGUACCAUCUCUCGUGUCCACAUCCGCCCACACCAGCGCCCUGUCCACCAGCUCAUCAGCGGAGGCAUCCAGCGGAUAGAACCACGGCCAUUCCUUGUCCUUCCGCCUGAGGAACUCAUUGCCCGCAGGCAGCUCCGCUAUCUGCACGCGCAGCAGCGGAUGCAUUGACACCGCUCGCCUCAGCGCACGGCGCACGUCGUCUCGCGUAAGCGACGAUGUCCCACUCAGCUCGUCCACAGAAAAACCAGCCACUGAUAAAGGGGCGUCUUUGUCGUUGCGUUGGGUCUUGGUGAGGAGUCGCUCCCAGCUGCCGAGAGGGCGGAUGUAGGUGGGACUGGAGGAGCCUGUGAUGGGUGCUGGCGGCUGCUCGACUGCAGGUAUCUGCCUGUCCGGCGAUGCUGAGGGAAGAGGCGUGACCUGCAUCGUUGACAGGCAACGCAUUCAUCCAUCUGGUGAGUCAGACAGAUGGAGGGCCGUGUGUGUAUGUGUUGCUGUCCAGCUCAUCACCCACCUGUCUGCGUCCGCGUGUUGAAGCGCGUCGGUGACGGCUGGGCUGCCACGGCUUCAGGAAAGCGCCUCGAGUGCUCAGAUCUGCAUCGACCACACCGGCAACGAGCCCCAGGAGCCACCAUAGCUGGAAUAACAUGGAGCUCCACGCCUCAACGCCCCAUAGCCAUCCACCCACUACUCCGUCCUCCGGUGGCGCCGAUCUCGCCGAGGCCACGAGUCGUGGAAAAGGGCUUUUCGCUCACAAAAUGUCCAUCUAUUUCUGCCGGCAGGCUGAACAUGGUCACAACACGACGGAUCUUCUCCGG